CCAUCUGAUCCGUGGGCAGUGCUGCCUCGGUGUUGCUGCGAGCGCACGUCAAACCGACAGAGACGAGCCUAUUGCGCACCGUGUAUACCUACAUACAAGCAAGAAAAGGCAGGACGUAUACACACAUACACGCUAUACACCUAUACAUAGCGAAUCACGACUGCGUUAUGAUGAUUAUUUCUCGAUGCAGCAGUCAUAGUCGCUGCUGCUGCUGGUCCGCGCGCGCGCUGCUGCCGCAAUACAUUAUGCACACAUACAUAUACAGAGAGUCAGACUCUGCGUAAAAUACGCCUCGCGCCUCCUCGCGCAGUCAGUGCGCCGCGUUGUCUGUUCGAGGCAAGGCUCGUAGACGACGAUCCCCGAGAGUAUUAGCGUGCUCUGUGCCAGUGUGUAUCAGUGCGUGCGUGCUGCACGCACCCCCGUGCACGAACAACACUUCUCUCUGCGUGUGAUUCAUAUACAAAUACAACUACGUCGUGGAAUAUUGUGCGCCAGCGUAUACGCGAUUGUAAACAAACAGCGCCAACGAGUUGUUUUUUUUUGCUCGUAUACAACGGAGUCUCCGCAAUCACGUCGAUUCGCCUGUUACAGCUAUACCGAUGGAUGAUUGACUGGCCAGGCUUUUUUAUCAACCCGAUCUAUAAUAGUCAGCUUGUUCUUGCAAAUCGAGAUUGAAAUUGCUGUUUGAAGUUGAAUCGGAUAAUGGUGAAUAACUUCUAGUCAAUCUGCAUGUUUUUGAUCAAAACAAGAACAAAGUACAAUUUGAUCAAAAACAAAAGAAAAAAAAUGCUCGUUCUUAAAUCUAACAAUGGGACAGCAUUUUGCUAGUCUCAGAGAAACCAUUACAAUGGACAGUCAUAAACAUUCGCUCAAAGGAUAUCGAGUACGAAACUGUCCUUAUGCCGAUACACCGGAAAGAAGUCAUCCAACUGACUUAGCUGUUCAGGAAAAUAAUGGUAAUAAUUUACCAUCAAAUAUAAGUCCUAAUGAAGUUCGUUGCAGAAUUAGUAAAUCAGAAGAACGUUUGGACAAUAUUCGAUUGGAUUCAGAUAUAAGCAAUCACAAUUCAAGAUUUGAAACAUUGUAUAGUCAGCAUAGAGACGCGCAAGAAGCUAAACAAUGUCAAUCUAGUAAUGGUAACUUUUUAGCCAGCGAACAAGAAGCUUUGAAACAGUUUGAGGCAGGUAAUAGCAAUUCUGGUGGUAGUAGCACAAGCAGUAGUUCUGAAGAUAAUUCAGGUAAUCCUGCUUUAAGAAGAUCAUCAAAAACUUUGUCGUUUGGAAGAAGAAAAGGCAAACAACGAAGUAAGGAUCAAACACCAGGAUGCAGUCACGUUCUCUCGUCAAAAAAGAAGCGUAGCAAUUGGGUUCUAAAGUUUAAUUGCACGAAAAGCAAAAGCUCCAAGAGCACCGAUAUACCUGGCGCAGCAGCCGAAUGUGUAUGUACCGGGUACAGGCGCACCGACGAUCACCCCAUGGGAGCUGGAGUUAUCUUCAAAAGUAGUCGAUCGGCGCCACAAAGCCCAGUACUUGGUCCAUUACCACCUAGUCCGGUUAUAGAUUUAUCGCGAUUCAAUCCAGAAGAAUUUUCCAUGGAGGACUGCGACGCACAGGCUCGAUUGCAACGAGCCCGCGAGAUGGAAGAGGGUGUCGAACCGCCGCCCGGUUUCAGACCCCAGAGCAGCUGCAGCAAGGACAGCGUCAAUAACAACAGCAAUAAUAACGUUUGCGACAAUAAUAACGCCAUCCAGCAAAUGCAUCCCAAUGGAAUCACGGUCGACAGUCUGGCCGCGUUGUUCCAGUCGCACGCCGGAAUACAGGCGGCGGCUUUGUCGGCUCUGUCGCAAAUCGAUUGUACUCUCAUAUCGAAUAUCGAACGGCCUAUUCACACGCAGGUGGAUUACGUACACUGCCUCGUACCAGAUCUCAAGUCUAUAACGACGUGUUCAUUUUACUGGGGCAAAAUGGAUCGUUACGAGGCCGAGAGGCUUCUCGACGGCAAGCAGGAGGGCACGUUUUUACUGCGAGACUCGGCCCAAGAAGAGUUCCUCUUCUCCGUCAGUUUUCGCAAGUACGGCCGAUCGCUGCACGCCCGCAUCGAACAGUGGAAUCACAAGUUCAGCUUCGACAGUCACGAUCCCGGCGUCUACGCGUCCAACACGGUCUGCGGCCUGAUCGAGCACUACAAGGACCCGUCGUGCUGCAUGUUCUUCGAGCCUAUGCUCACGAUACCGCUGCACCGUAAUUUCGCCUUUCCGCUGCAGCAUCUCUGCCGCGCCGUCAUCAGCAGUCGUACGACCUACGACGGCAUCAACAGGCUACAGUUGCCCAAGAGCUUGAAGACCUACUUAAAGGAGUAUCAUUACAAGCAGAGGGUGCGCGUGCGCCGAUUGGACAUUGAGAGCGAUUUGCAAACGACGGAUAAUGCCAAGUCGAUGCCGUACUUGCCUGCGUGAUUCGAUACCUAGUAGUAAAUAUAAGAAUAAUUCAUUGAAUCGAUCGAAAAAUCCCAACCGUGAUCUCUCAACGGUUCUAAGAAACCAAAGUGUUUUCAAAUUUUACAAAACUCGCUUUGUAAUUUUCCGACGAUUUGUAUAUGAUUUUUUUACAUUCAGUGCUUCUUUCUGUUUUCCGAAUCUAUUUCAAACGAACAUUUGUUUUUCCUCGAAAAAAAUUCGGAGUGGAUUGGCUUUUUCGAGCGUUUAGCUUGUACGAUGUGUUCAUAAGAAUAUGGUUACAAUUAUAUAUAAUGAGAUAUAUAAUAUGGCUUAUUAGCCAUUAAUCUAACGUAGAAAUAUAAUUUUAUUAAUACAAUAAAUGGUGAAAAUGUGCUUUCUCUAAUGUGCUAAGUAGAGAAAGACUUUGUAAUGAUUAGUAAGUGUAUGUCACUUAAUUUUAAUCAUGUACAAUUACUUAUGCACUAGUAAUAUCUCAGCAUAAAAAUAUAAAAUUAUAACUUUUUUUUUAAAUCGUGAUUAUAUGUGUAAUCACUAGAAAGAUGAAACAGUUAUUCUGAUACAUUAGGACGUUACAGGGAUGCACUAAUUAGUUAUACUAUGGUAUUAGUCAGUGCUCUGCUUUUUCGUCGUUACUAUAAUACUUACGAUUGUACAUAUUUACAAUUUAAUUGCGUCUAAAUUGUCAUAGCUUCAUUCGUGGAGGCAAUGAGUGAAUUUAGAAAUUCUCAUUUUACAAUAGGCAUUAUACGCCACAUCACAUUUUUCUUUUUAAGAAAAAGUUUGGCUCGCAUUUUAUCUGUAUUAUUAUAAAUUUUGUACAUAUAUCGCAAGUAAAUCGCAAAUUGUUUACUUGGAUUUAAUAUUUUUUUGUCCUUAUUUUGAUUGUACACUUUUAAAUCAUUAUAAUUACAAUCAUAUGGAGUUGAAUUUUUUCAAAGUUACGAACUUUCGAUUCAUGCAAAAGAAAUUUCACAUUCGCUAUUGUCAUGUUACUGAUAAAAUUGCACAAUUUUUGACAAGUGUUGUUUUAAUCAUAAAUAAUUAAUACUUAGGCAAUAGCUGCACGUACAUAUUUACAAUUAUUUAACUCUUACAAUCAUGCGUAUGAAAUAGCAAUACAAACAUAAAAACAUAAAUAAAAUAAGAGCCGAUUUGUAGUACUCAUGCUUAACAAGAUGCGUUUUACACAUAAGAUGUAAUAUUAAUUUUAUUGAUACAUGCAAAACA